CACCCCACCCUCUGGCACGAUGGCCCCUCCCCGGCUUCCGUAGAGAGCUGCUUCCCGGAGAAGGAGCAGGAUGGACGUUCUGCGGCCCACCCUGAUAAGGAUUGGGGGGCGAGUAUACAGGAAGAAUGUCAUUCAAGAGCAGGCCUACCAGCUCGAAGAGGAGGAUGAUUUCUGUGCAGGCCCUAGUGACUCUGCAGAUGAGCCCUGUGAUGCCUUUGUGGUGGAAGAGACUGAGAAAGGCUUCCAGUGCAGAGUGGAGGUUCCCAGCCUGUUAUACAAGUACAUCAUUGGGAAGAAAGGGGAAACCAAGAAAAGACUAGAAACAGAGACUCGAACCUCCAUCAGCAUUCCCAAGCUUGGAGUGGAAGGAGAAAUUGUGAUUACUGGGCAGCAUCGCAGCGGUGUCAUCUCUGCCCGAACGCGGAUUGAUGUUCUCCUGGACAGCUUCCGUAAGAAGCAGCCCUUCACACACUUCCUUUCUUUGGCUCUCAACCAGCCCACCAUCCAGGAGAAGUUCCUGCAGUUUAAGGAAGAAGUGUUGGAGAAAUGCUCAAAGGAUCACGGGGUCAGCAGCAGCCUGUUCCAGAACCCUGCAAAACUUCACCUGACUCUUGGGACGCUGGUACUUCUGAACGAACAAGAGAUCCAGAAAGCAUGUGACCUCCUACAGCAAUGCAAAGAGGACUUUGUGGACCAAAUUGCUGGAGGCAAGCCCCUGACCGUGGAAGUGGUAGGAGUGGAGUACAUGAACGAUGACCCUGCCAUGACAGACGUCCUUUAUGCCAAAGUCCGCAUGAAGGAUGGCUCGGACAGGUUGCAGGUGAUUGCUGAUCAACUGGUGGAGCAGUUUGUAGCCUCCGGCUUGAUGCUUAAAGAGUGGGAUAGGGUGAAACUGCAUGCUACAGUCAUGAACACUCUCUUCAGGAAAGAUCCAAGUGCUGAAGAGCGAAACAAUACAAUGACUGGUAAAUCAUCUUUCAAGGAGCGGGAGUCAUUUAAUGGCCGAAAUAUCCUCAAGAAAAAUAGCAGAUAACAGUAGGGAGUCCCACCAGCUUUGCCAGUGGUCAGAGGUGGGUCAGGCUGAAAGGGGAGCAUCCUGUAGCCUACCAGGCUUUGCCAGCCAGGGUUGAGACUGCAGGCAGCCUCUGCUGCUCAUCCAGAUGGCAGCGGCAGACUGAUGCUGUGGUGCUUGGCCCCUGCAAGAGUCCAGAGAGCAGAGAAGCACAGUGGAGUAGAAAAUGGAAAACAAUGCUGGGUUGUAAGCAGAUUUGCAAUCCUCAUUGUGUGAGGGGAUUUGUUGCAGGCAGCUAUGAUAAGAGGGAGACAGGACAAUGCAUGAAUACAUUUGGGAACCAACAGAAGAUAUUCUGGCAACAAAGAGACAUGAGAGAGGAUGCAGCCUGAGUGGGAGUUGGACAACCCAGAAGGACUUAAGGGCACCAGAGGAGGGAAAGGGUGAGCUUUAUUUGUGUUUACAGUUUUGCUGUAGAAUGUAUUAGGCACUGAACGCAGGGGGAUGUGAAGGCAGAGAGUGGAACAGAUUGAUCUCCUCUGUGCAGAGGACAAACAAAGGGACAAAAUUAGGUUAAGCUCUCAUUGUCCUCAAACGGUCUGUGCAAGCAGUGUCAUGACUCAGCGUCACCACAUGUUGAGUGUUCAGUGUAAGACUGCAGUAUUGCAAACCAAAGCAGGAAAGCCACAGAUGUGGUCCCUUACUUAAUGUGUUCUAUGAGUUUUGAUUAGCUCCUGGUGUCCGAAAGCUGGCUCCAGAAGGGGAGGGUGUAUGUCAGGAGCCCAGAGUGCCUGCAGGAACUCAGCUUUCAAGGCUUACUCUCACAUUUAGCUUGGCCCUUCGGUUCUUUCUCUUUCUUUUGUUAAACUUGUCCUCAGACUUUAGAGACACGUAAGAUCAAACUGUCAAACUUUCUUAAUGCUCCUCAUCCAAACCCAUUUAUGAUUGGGAAGGCAUUAAUGGUGCUCCCUCUACUGGUCACACCAUUUGUGGGCUGCACUGCGGCGUCUGAGGAUCUGUGGGUCUUCUAGUAUGUAGCGCUUAGAAAUGCAGCUGCCCUACCUCAGAUGGCUGCUUCUUAUUCUCUACGCAACCUGAAAUAUGAGCCAAUGCAUUUUUAAAGCUCCUAAUUGAUUUUGUACUGAUGUAGCCAGAAGAGCUGCUGGCUGUUUAGACUGUUGAUAAUUACUUCAAAGCAUGUCUUGCUGCAAGAAAUGUCAUCCUUCUCCCCCACCUCCAUUACAUUUCCUAACCUGCUCGCUUCAUAUUUCCCUUUGGUCUCCCACGUGCCUGCAGCAGAACGCCCGUUGGCAUUAAUUAAUUACAUGAGUCAUAAAUAGCUCCAGGCUUCUUACCGGAGGAGCCCAGCCUCAGCCAGCCACUGAUGCAUUCUAGCAUGACCUUGCAAGGAUGCGCCAGUUCCCUCCCAGCUCCCUUUUAUAUGCAUUAUUUAUCUUCAGCUUAGGGAGGCUGCCCUCUCGCAAAGUGGCUUCAUUAGCUUUUGCAAUAGAACCUAAACGAUGGGCUGUUAAUGAAUAUGGCUGCAGUUAGGCAGGCUGGCUUGCAGGCACCAUCCCCUUAUAGGUAGAGCCAUGUGCCAUGCCUGUGUUUCCAGGCAGAGGGACUCUGUGAUAGCUGUGUUGAGUGGCUGUGUUCCCACUUGGAAAGCCCACAAAGCACGGCUACUGGUGGGAGGGCAUCAAGUUGGAAAACUUUGAUUUUGUCGCUCUCGUUCCCGUUUUGCAGCUACGACCAGCACUGUUGGGCCAAAGGCUUUGCCUAUAGGAGAGCAGGACCUGAGCUGUCAGAACAUGGGCCACGAUGGAGAAGCCUUGGUUCUGCUUUUCCAGUCUGACGCUCCCCAUGGUCAGAGCUGGUGUAUGUGUGUGCAGAUGCGCUGGCAGCACAUGUUUGCUGAUAGCAUGCCUGCGUUACCCCAGGCUCCAGCUGGUAUUUUGCUUUCAGCUUAACUAAUCAGAAUUUUAUUUAAUAAUCCUUUGUCCUACCCAUUCUGCAGAGUUAAACGUACGCUCUUCUUUGAGCUAAUAAAUGGCUGUGCAGGCCAGUAUUUUCCCACACUGCUCAGAAAAUAGAUCCUGUAGGUUGAGUUGCGUUCGGGAGUUUAAAUUACUUCUGUCUUGAAGCAUAUCCAUGAGAAAGGCUCCCUGGCCUAGCUGGUGCUGAAAGCCCAAGGGAGUGUAUGACCCAACAGCUGAGUGAUUUGUGUCUUAAAGUGCUAGACACUUUAGCUUUGUGCAUGUCUAGUCUAGUCCCAAGAAGCCGGGUAUGCUUUAUGCACCAUGUCAUGUGGAGCACUAUAUAUUUCUUCUAGGGUGGCCAGUGACUAGCUGAUCGGCUCCUUUGAACACCUUAAUCAUGUACGGAAAUCUUGCUCUGGUCGAGAGAAAGCGGCUCAUCUCUUGGAGAGUGGAGGGAAGGGGCAGUUAUUCACAGCUGAAAGACAGCGGCACUCCUUCCCGUGAGAGCAGGGUGAGGCUGGGCAGGCAGCUGGGCCUCAGAGAGAUGCUGGUUUGGCAGCCCUUCUGCCUUGCCUUCUCCUGUGUCCCAGGCAGUGGCUGUGUGCCCUGCGCCGCAGCUGGCCGAGCGACACAGCGCUGGCACAGAGGUGGCUGGGGCAGCUGCCUGCAUCUCCGGAGAUGAAGCUUGGCUGCCUCCGGGCUUUUAUUUAUUUCGCUUAGUGAAAAAACUAAGGCUGCAGUGAAUAAAUAAAAAUGCAAAAAAUGCAAAGGUACCGCCUGGCCCACAUUUCCUAUUGUACUUUAAAAGGCAAGAAGGGCUUGCAGUAGGAAGAAAACCACCUGGACUCUCAUUGGGUUAAAAUGGAAUGAUUUUUGACUUGAGGUCUGAGGAGUAAGAGUGGCCUUUGCCACAUUCGAACAAGAAGGAAGCAGAUUUUGAGUACAGAAGAAGAUGAACCCUGCCGCUUAGCACAGAUCUGUGCAUUAACAGCUUACAAGAUUAAAUAUUGAGGGAACAGCUACUGAGGCACAACAGCAGAAAGCUGCACAUCUUAUGUCUUAGGGCAUUAAGGGAGACUUUAAGCUAGGAUGCAAGACUGGGAACUGGAUCAGUCGAGGCAAUAACAUCAAUGCUGCCAUGCCCUGUUCCAGCAGCAGGAGCAGAGCAGCCGGGCUGCAGUACUGCUUGGGAGGGCUUCUAGGUCAGACAAGCCAUAAUUCGAUGAGGUUCCUUCUCUUUUGAGACUGCAUAUGGGGUAUUAAAUUAUGGGAUUGUAUCUGCUUUCACUUGGAGCAGGGGGAAAGUGCAUUUACUGACUGGUAUACUGGGGCUGCUGAAGAGCCGAUCAUAGCAAAGAAAUCUGGUAGUGUUCUGUGUUAUCAUUUCUGUCUUGCUGGGUAAGAAUAGUGCAGUGCCUGUGGUAUGCAGUAGUUCAUCUUGUCAUGGAUAAACCCCCUAAUCCCUCAAAACGCCCCAAACCCACCAAGCACUAAAGAAAUUAACAUCUCCCCUCUGUAGAGUGACCAUUACCAACUUCACUUGCAGAUGAGGAGUGCUUCUGGUGCUCUGCAGCCAUCAGUACCCAGGCCUUUUCUGUGUAACUUUUAUUAGUGAAUUUAAGGAGACAAAGUCUUUUCCUGGUGUAUUUUUAAGCUGAGGUGAAAUCAAAGGGA